CUUUUUUUUUUUUUUUCCAGUUUGUUCGGUUGUCUUUCACGGGCCAUUAUUAGCUCUAUCUGAUUAACAUGCUUUGAGUUGGAAAACGAUUUCGCAACAAUGGCCACUGGCCUCGAAAUAUCCAAUUUGGAAGCGGGCGCGACGUGUUUUUUCUUUGUACUUUAUGAGGUUUUGUGGAGGAAUAUUAUGCGUCUCUGAAGAACAGGUUUUGGACAAAGUCUUUAAUAGAGGCUUUGGAAGAAAGUCCGCAUGGUGGGGCUUGGCAAAGUAGGGCGUGUUUCACGCUGAUGUAGCCAAGUUUGAUGUGUUGGGAAUGAGGACUUUUGCAUAGCAGGCUGACUAAAACAUUAUGAGAGAGACAGAGACAGAGACUAAGGACAGUGUUUACAGAAUAGGUAUCAGUUAAACCCCGAGUCACAACAGGGUAGAAAAAAAAGGGAUGCAAAGUGACUCACCAUAGUGUUGUUUACAGAACAGAUACAGUUAAACCCCUGGGUUUCAACAGGGAAGAAGAAAAGGGAUGCGAAGUGAGGCGUCUUUAGGAUGGAGUUGGAUUUGGCCUGCUGGUAAACAUAGCUUGAAGGCGGUUGGAGCUGAGCGCUAUCAGGAGAUAGGAUGGCCAAGCAUCAUCCAGAUUUGAUCAUGUGCAGAAAGCAACCUGGAAUUGCAAUUGGACGCCUCUGUGAGAAGUGUGAUGGGAAAUGUGUCAUCUGCGACUCUUAUGUUCGUCCUUGCACCCUCGUUAGAGUGUGCGAUGAGUGCAACUAUGGCUCCUUUCAGGGUAGGUGUGUCAUCUGUGGAGGAGUGGGAAUAUCCGACGCUUACUUCUGUAAGGAGUGUACGCAGCAGGAGAAGGAUAGGGAUGGGUGUCCCAAGAUUGUCAAUUUAGGAAGUGCCAAAACAGAUCUGUUCUACGAGCGGAAAAAAUAUGGGUUUAAGAAAAGAUGAUUGAUCGUAUUGAUUGUAUCCCUUAUUCUCAUUCCAUUUGCUUAUCUAUGCCUGGAUUUGUCGAUCGUGCUUGUACUGGCGGUGUUGUGGACAGCAUGAUCUGAGGCUGCAAAUAGGUCUAUUUUCAGAGCCAUGUGUUUCCAACA